GCCAUCCUUGAGAGCAAAUUCAAGUCAUCCUCUAGCGAGUGACACCUUAUCCACUUCCCCUCCCCCUCCUCCCCUUCCGCUGCCUUUCUCCCGUGACUUACGGCCGGGCAUCGCACGCGCUCUCGCACCACGCGGCAUAAUCCCGGCUCGCGACGCUACUGCUUUAAAGCGCCAGGACAGAAUGGUCAGUAUAUUGGAACUCGCCGGACGGGGAAGUUCAGGACUAACUACUCGAGGUCUAAGAUUCAUUAGCCUCGAGGACUCCUCCAUCAUCCAGCGGCUACCGUUAGUAUUUUCAGUGCCCCGGAGUCCCGCGCUGCCUGCGCUUGGCAGCCGCGUCAGGGGCGGGGUUAGCUGGCCGCGCAAUGGCGCGGGGGGAGCAGUGGGCGGGAGUGGAGCGGAGGGGGUUGCGGCGCGGGCGCAAGGGGGCGGAGGAAGCGGACGGGGGGAAACGGGAGCAGCUGACAAGGGGAGCGGCGGAGGCGGAUUGGAUGACAUCGAUUUUGCCGUGUUCAGAUUCACCCUAGGUCUCUCCUGGCUGGACGAUCGCGACAUUCCCAAGGUGGUGGGGACGCUGCUGGGUGUGGCGCUGCUGACCAACCACAUGCUGACACCUCAGCCGCAACUGCCAGCUCAGACUGUGUCAGAGUGCGUGGGAGUGCUGCUGGUCUUGGUGUCGCUGCUGCUCCCUUUCAUCGACAGGAAACUGCAGCGGAGCAAGACUCACCUCUCCCUCCACCUCCUCCUCCUCCUCCUCCUCCCCGUCCCUCAAGCCCCUUUUCCUCCUCUCUGACGCUCUCCCUGAGCCCUGCAAGCCCGACAUGGCAUGGGCCACCUAUGCUGCUCUACGCAACACCAACGCCUCUG